GGGUGCGAAUAAAGAGCCAUGGAUGGAUCCGCGCUCUGCCACGGGUUUCGCAAAAAGAGGCGCUCCAGAUCGCAGCGCGACCGGGAAAGGCGAUCCAAACGCGGAUUACAAGGUGCGUCUGAUGGCGCUUUGGUGGUCGCUGCACCCGGGGAGCUUCGGAGGACCCGAGCGCCUUCCCUCCUUUCUUCCUCCGGCUCGGAUCUUGAAAACAAUGGCAUUCCAGCCCUGCCGCCGCCGCCGCCGUCCCGACCCAAGGCCCCCAGGAGGAAGAGGAGGGAGUCUUCCUCCCCAGAAGAGGAUAUCAUCGACGGCUUUGCCCUGGCCAGCUUUGUCACGCUGGAAGCCUUGGAGAAGGACGUAGCAGUGAAACCUCAUGAUCCUGUGGAAAAGCCUCAGGACCCCUUACUGAAGAAGAAGAGGGACGUGCUUACUAAUGGACUACCCUACCGCCUAAAGAAGAACAGACUGCACUCUCACCAUUACAGUUCAGACCGGGAGAACGACCACAACGUUUGUCAGCACCUCAGGAAAAGGAAGAAGUUCUUGAAAGGCCUCAGACAGCUUAAUCCAGGCCAGGACAGCGACAGUGAAAGUGCGAGUGGAGAAUCAAAAGGGUUCCAUCGGAGCAGUUCCCGAGAGAGGCUCAGUGACAGUUCAGCCCCGUCCAGCUUGGGAACCGGCUACUUCGUAAGUGGAUCUCGACUUUUUAAAUGUGUGGCUCUGUGUGCCGUGGGAGACGGCGUUGCUCAAACGUUACGAGACCGUUCGUCCACGUUACGUGGAUGGUUUUGGUCCACUGUUAUCUGGCCUGUGCAAUGA